AUGGCAACGUUCAAUGAGAAGAAGACUUGCAGCCAACGCAUGGAGAACUUUUCACGUUUUAUGUGGAACUCUGACACGGGGGAGCUAAUGGGAAGAACCCUUGAAAAGUGGGGUAGGUUAAUAUUUAUCAUUAAUUGCUUUUGAUAAGUAUAAAAGGCCAUAGCAUUUCUAGAACUGCAAAGUGUUUCCAUUUACAGUCAAAAUGGAAUCUAAUAAGUAAAGCAAAACCUUGCACUACUUGUUAAUGGCUCAACAAUGGACAAAAUUAGACAUAUUUCUCAGGACAAACCUGGAAUUAACAAAAAUGGCAUAUAUAAAAAAUGAUGGUUAAGGCUCAAAAGAAGCAAUACACAAAAAUGUUAUAAAUUGCUCCAAAUAUUUGCCAAAAAUUACACCUAAAGGUGUUGGCGACUCUGUGGAUAAAUCUCCCCCAACAUUUCCCCAAAAACAUUUUUUUCAGUUGUAUGCACACAUCGAUUACUGAGUAUGAUUUUCUGCCUCUAACUUCCCAUGUAUACUGAUUCAUAAAGCUGUAUAUUUAUAAUAUACCGUAAAGCAAAGUUGGAGAUUGGAAAACCCAAAGUCAGGGGUGAGGGGUAUCCAUAUCUUCAAUUUAAUUCAUACAAAAGCAAUCUUGUGCAUACAACAAAUUUUGUGCUGGUACAAACAAUAGUUCCAUAGCAAAAACGACUCGCCAUUGGUAGUAGAGUGCGGCAAAAAUUUAAACGGGGUGGGUGUCACACAGUUUAUAGAUCUGCACCAAAUUUAGACAGUCUAAUCAGCAUAGCCAACCUGCUGUUGUAACUUGCAAUGUUUCAACUCACAGAGUCCGACACACAGCUCAAUCUGGUUUCAGAGGUGGGAUACGAUAGGGUGGAUUAGGGGAAGUGGAGCCAUAUGCCUGGACCCCUGACCUAUGUUAUGUUGUAUCUUCACUUUCUUAAAAGUGAGGUUCCAGAUAAUGUCAUUGGGAUUCUACUCAGUUUCCAUUAUAUCUCUGCACAAAUCAAGAAGGUUCUAAUAUAAAACAUAAAGUCAAGAUUUAUGUGGAGUUUAAAGCACAUGGCAGUUAAAAUACAUAUUUUAUGUAAUGCUUCAGACAUACAACUAAAACCUGUGCACAUUUUUGUUCCUCACAGUAUACAUUAGUCUUUACUAUGCUGCCUUCUACUGCAUUAUGAUUGGACUUUUCGCACUCUCUAUAUUUUCCCUGAUGAAAAGUUUGGAUCCAUAUCAUCCGGAUUACCAGGAUCGAUUAAAGGCGCCAGGUAAAUGUUUCUUUAAUAUUAAUAUAUAUAUAUAUAUAUAUAUAGUAGCUUAAGCAUUAACAAAACCUGUUUCAUUUAUCUAUGGGUUUGUUAGAAUAGUGCAACGAAACACUUUUCUUUGUGGCUCUCCGAUGCAGCACGGAAAGGGUUAGCUAAGUCACAGACAGACAGACAGCACGUAUUUAAUAAGGAUGUAUGGAUAAGGAAAUGUUAUUUUGUUACUUGUCUGGACAUGCAGAGCAGAUUGCCAUGGAUCCAGGGCAUGAGAAAAUGUUAUCCAAUAUUAAGGGGUCAGUUCACUCAAUAACUUUAAUUUGGCUCAUUUCUCUUUAAUUUGGAAAAUUUCUCACUUUAUUCAUUAGUUAAACUGAAACCGUGUUGAACUGAACAGUUCUUUGCUGUUUUCCAAUAUGUAUCACUGCAUCAAUGCAAGCCAAUUUUAAAUAGAGAUUUGGGCUGAUCUGUACUGUAGUCAUUACUGCCACCCAGGAGUAGUGGGAGUUUGGGUGCAGGGCUUCAUUGGACCCUGGGCAAGCAUCUGUUUGGGCCCCCUGGGCAUGCAAUCACUCCCUCCACCCCAACCUAGAGACGAAACUAAUGUAGAGAGUGCCUUGGUGCAACAAAAAAAAAUUCAGGCCUUCCCUGUAGCACAAGAGUAAAGAAAAGAUAGAUCCCAAUCUGUCAUACAACUCCUGCGAUGCUAUGCCAGCUGGGGAUCUACCAUCCUUGCAGGGUUGUAUUUUUGAGCAGUGUUUGUGCAAAUGAAUGUCAGCAUGUUAUUGUAUAGAGUGUAUGUGUGCAUGUAGGAGUGUAUUUGUAUGUACUGUUACCAUUGGAAUGCAGUGGUGUACUUGUGUGUAGUGUUUGCAUUUUAACCCCUUCAGACCGGAGGGCGUACUAUUACGCCCUAUUAUAGGCGGCUCUAAACGCCGCCGGGCGUAAUAGUACGCCCUCCGGUCUUUCGGUACUUACCCGAUCGCCGGCGGUCCCACGCCGGCGAUCGCGGUGGGGGGGACUCCCAGGGAGCCCCCGCGGCACGUCCGUCUUCCACGAAGCCCCCCGGCCGUGUGAGAGUGGGGUCCUUGCGAGGACCCCACAAUCACAUGGCCGGGGAUAGCUGGCUUCUGUAUUGCCAGCAGGGGGGCUGCCUGUAAUGACAGGUGGUCCCCCUGCUGGCUGAAAAUAAAAUUAAAACAAAUAAAUGGUGUAAAAAAAAAAAUAAUAUAUACUUAGAUCAUAUAUAUAUAUAUAUAUAUAUAUAUAUAUAUAUAUAUAUAUAUAUAUAUAUAUAUAUAUAUAUAUAUAUAUAUAUAUAUAUAUAUAUAUAUAUAUGAUCUAAGUAUAUAUAUACACAUAUACAUACACAAAUGUACACCGUCUAGGUGUAUUUUACUAUUAAUAUAUAUAUAAUAUAUAUAUAUUAAUAUCAAAUUACACGUAGACUGAUACUGAUUAAAUAUAUAUAUAAUUAUUGUUAUAUAUAUAUUUAUAUAUAAUAUAAAAAAAAUUAAAAUGUAAAUACGUUAAAAAAUAAAAUUAAAAAAAUAAUUAAAAAUAAAUAAUUAAAAAAUAUAUAGAUGUGUGUUAUUUCGUUCUAACUGUAUUGUGAAAUUAUAUAUAUAUAUAUCAAAAUACACGUAGAACAAAAUAAUAUAUAUAUCUAUAUACAUAAAUAUAUACGUAUAUAUCACUAUAUAUAUAUACCUAUAUAAAUAAAAAUAUUUUUUAAAAUUAUAUAGAUAUAUACAUAUAUAUACACAUAUAUAUAUAUACAUAUAUUAAUUCUACAUAUAUAUUUAUGUAAUAUUUUUACAUAAUUAGGUAUCUUAAUUAAUUACAAUUAGCAGGACCUGCCUGACAACCCAUACCGAAAGUAAAGGGAAUUUAAUUUGCCAGCACUAUAUUUAACCCUAUAACUUUCCGAGACAACAUAAAACCUGUACAUGUGGGGUACGGUUCUACUCGGGAGACUUCGCUGAACACAAAUAUUAGUGUUUCAAAACAGUAAAUUGUAUUACAACGAUGAUAUCGCCAGUAAGUGACGUUUUUUGCAUUUUUCACACACAAACAGCAUUACAUGGACAAUAUUAUUGCUGUGAUACUUUUUACUGUUUUGAAACACAAAUAUUUGUGUUCAGUGAAGUCUCCCGAGUACAACAGUACCCCUCAUGUACAGGUUUUAUGGUGUUUUCAAAAGUUACAGCGUCAAAUAUAAGGCUUGCGUUUCAUUUUUUUCACAUUAAAAUUCGCCAGAUUGGUUACAUUGCCUUUGAGACCCUAUGGUAGCCCAAGAAUGAAAAUUACCCCUAUGAUGGCAUACCAUUUGCAAUAGUAGACAACCCAAGGUAUUGCAAACAGGGUAUGUCCAGUCUUUUUUAGUAGCCACUUAGUCACAAACACUGGCCAAAAUUGGCGUUUUUUGCAUUUUUCACACACAAACAAAUACUAACGCUAACUUUGGCCAGUGUUUGUGACCAAAUGGCUACUAAAAAAGACUGGACAUACCCCAUUUGCAAUACCUUGGGUUGUCUACUAUUGCAAAUGGUAUGCCAUUAUGGGUGUAAAUUUCAUUCCCCGGCUACUAUACAGUCUCAAAGGCAACGUAACCAAUCUGGCGAAUUUCAAUUUCAAAUGUAACGUGCUAUAUUUGACCCUGUAACUUCCCAAAACGCCAUAUAACCUGUACAUGGGGGUACUGUCUUACACGUGAGACUUUACUGAAUACAAAUGUGUAUUUUAUUGCAGUAAAAGCAAACAGUAUUAUGACACUGACCGUUAAAAUGUCAUGUAGAACUAAAAUUUUUUUUUAAAAAUCGUAUUUUCUCCCAUUUUUUUCAUAUUAAAUUAUGUUUCAUAGUAAAUAUUUGAUAUUAAAUGAAAGCCCUGUUCAUCCUGAAUAAAAUGAUAUAAAAUAAGUGCAUUUACUAUGAAAGAGGUGUAUUACGGUUGGACAGACAUGUAGCGCAAAUGCCAGGUUUUGUUUACAUUUUGUUUUGUUCACAACGUGUACAUUUGGCUCCGUCCUUAAGGGGUUAAUGCAGGGAUGUGUGAUUGUUUGUAGUGUUGGCUUUUAAAUGCAGGUGUACUUUUGUGUGUAGAGUUGGUGUUUGUAUAUAAUUUUAGCGUUUUAAUACAGGAAUGUGUUUGCAUGUAAUGUUUGUAUUUGCAUGCAGGGGGGUGUUUGGAUGUAGUGUUGUCUUUUAAAUACAUGUGUACAUUUGUGUGUAGUAUUAGUGUUUCAGCAAACUGGUGUGUUUGUAAUGUUUGUGUUUGCAGGGGUCUGUUUGCAUGUUGUGUGAUUUCUAUAACACAUACACAUUAACACGCAGAUACACACAUGCUCACACUGACACAUGCUCACACCUUGACACAUACUGGCACACACACACACACACACACACACACACUGAUACACACCCUUUGACACACAGAUACAAGCACUUUGAUAUACACACACUGGCACAUACACACACACACUGACACAGGUAUAUACACACACACUCAGAUACACACAUACAUAAAGGUAUAAAUGCAGGGGUGUAUAUGUGUAUAGUGCUAGAGAUGGAAUGUAGGAGUGUAUUUGUGUUGGCAUUAAAAUGCUGGGGUGUAUGCAUUACCACACACUCAGAUGAACACUUACACACACACACUGAAACACACACACAGGUGCACAUACAGGUGUAUGAGGUAUACAUACACACAGAAACACUGACACACAGCCAGAUACACACAAGGACAUAAACACAGCCAGAUACACACAUAUAUAUAUAUAUAUGUACAUUUACAUAUUUUAAUCUCUGCCUUCUAGCAACUCUUGGACAGCAACUCCCAGCAACCUUAGCCAAUAUAAUGUCUCAACUCUGUUCUUACAUACCCUGGUCCAGAAUUUGGCAAAAGUGACAUUUGAAAAUGGUGUUCAGCCUUUGAUAACACUUGAUGCAAUAUGUUAAAAUAAAUACUUUUACAUUUUAUAUUUAAUAGGGAACGGUCAGGUUUUUCUAGGAUUUUUAACAUGUACUUAUUCCCUGUGUGUUACAUUACAAACACCAACACACUUAAAUAAAAGUGAUAUCAGAAAUUAGCAAAACAAAAAACAAAACAUAUUUAGCCACCCUCCUGUCUCCUUACAUUUUGGGUACAGAAAGGUGGCUUCCCUGGUGUCCAGUGAGAGCUUGCUGGCCCAGGCUGAUGGGAGUCUGCCAUCAGCUUUCUCAGUCCCUCUCCCCCACAAUGCUUGCAUCCUCCUCCAUGUGGUGUGUGCCUCCUCCCCAGCGGCACUGAGGAGGAAGUGAUCAGUUCUUACUGGGAGGAAGCAAUCUGACCUCACUUCCUCCCAGCAUGCCCAGGAAACAGAGACUCACAGGGCAGUAUGUGAGGGGGCUAGCUGUGAGUAUGUAGUCAGCCACCCCCCAUAUAACAGGGGCCCCGGCCGGUCUAGAGCAGUAUUAAAGGGCUGUGGCCCCUGAUUACCUCAGGUGCCGCAGGGGGCCCAUGGGGCAGCUGCCUUAGGGCCCCCAGGAGUAACUCGGCCCGGGGCAGCUUCCCCUUUUGCCCCUCCUUAAAGACGGCCCUGGGUAUACUGUUUAAAUCAUGGUAGAUUUGAUACAUUUGUUGCCAGUUUUAUUCAAAGCUGCUUGCAUAGUGUUAAAGGAACACUAUAGCAUCGUGUAUUCCUGACUGUAUAGUGUUAAAACCACCAUCUGCCCCCCCUAAAUAUAGUAAAAUAUUAUUUGUAUUAGUCUGCUGCUGCUGGCUCUGCCCCUAAUCUUGCUGCUUGGCUGACAUCAGAAGUGUUAUUCAAAGCCAAUCACAAUGAUUUCCCAAAGGAAAGCAUUGGAUUGACUGAGCUUAUCAAUGAGGCAGAUCAAGGGCAGAGUCGGCACAAGCCAAACACACCCCUGGCCGAUCGGCAUCUCCUCAUAGAAAUUAAUUGAAUCAGUGCAUCUCUAUGAGGAAAGUUCAGUGUCUCCAUUUAGAGGGUGAAGACACUGAACACGGUUUCUCUGAAAAAAGGUGUUGACUUAAAAAAAACAAAAACAAAAAAAAACCUUGAAGGGAAUAAUUAUACUCACCAGAACAAAUACAAUAAGCUAUUGCUGUUCUGGUGAGUAUAGUGUCCCUUAAAAAAAAAAAAAACAACCUUGUCAUCAAAUUUAUCUUUAUACCAAAAAUACAAUUAAAUCGUCACUGUCACAACUGGGGUCUUUGCAGAAUUUCCACAAAAAAAAGUCCAGAAUGUGGAAUCACCACUGGAAGUACAGUGGCUGGGAGGGGGCAGGCAAAGGUGAGUUGUACUCAACUGAACCUGUCCAUCAUGGGCGCUGCAAUCUACUGCUGGCUGGUCCUCUUUAACUCCUGGCACUUCAGCUUGCGCGAGAGUACAACAUUUAGGUCUAUGGAGGAUCACUAUGUGUUUCACCAUAAUUAAGGACAACUCCCCGCAACCAUCACAGGUUAACGACUGGCAUUGGAUCGACAUGUCUAUACACUGGGCAGUGCUAUGACCAUCUAGAAGUGUCUGAGGUAGGAAAUAUACUUAGACAAAGUAGGGACUACUUUACUUUUGUAUAUCUCUUAACUGGGUUGGAAAUUCCAACAGUCAUUAUGAGUAUUUCAUAAAGACUAUAUCUUUGACAUUUUCUAGGUGGGUGACAAUGUCACUUUAAGAUGUGUAUGGGAGGCAAAUGAUUUCAGCUAUACUUUGGACAUAAUGUGGUUGGUAUGGCAGUAUAGUGUUCAGACUGUUUAUUAAAGGUACAUUACUGGAAUAAAUCUUUGUCUGUUUAUACCUUCUGACAUUAUUUACCAGCUUAGAGGUUGUGUUUUACCUUCAUGCUUUCUAUAAAGACUGUUUGUCAGAAGGCUGAUCCAACAAUCUUGACAUCUAAUUUCUUUGUGAUUUGUGUACUCAUCUCCUUUUUGUGUUUUUUUCCAACUAAGAUGGACCACACACAAAGUAACACUGAAUUUAGAACAGUGGUUUCCAACCCAGUCCUGAAGACGCAAACCAAUUUACCAAUUUAGGGGAUAUGCACAAAAGUAUAACAGAGUAAACCUUGAUUGCAUAUAAAUAAAAGUGUAGAUGUCCUAUCUAGAAUACCCAUAAAUUAGAAACUGAAUUGUUCAGUAAAUUCUGUAUAAUUUACAGGACAAAUGUGUUUGCAUCACAAAUCCGUAUGUUAUCUUGUAUACUUGGCAUGUAGAUGUAUAUUGAUAACUUCUUUGUGUUCUUAUUUUAUCCACCUCAGAAAUGGCUCAGGGAUCUAUUGGCAAUAUCUAUGUAUCCUCUUCAUCAGGUUCUUUUUCAAAUGGCAGGAGGUUUUCAGCCAGGUGGGAAUUUAUUUAUGCAAAUUAAUCUGUUUAUUGUGACCCUAAUUUACACCUAAUAUAAUUUCAUUUCUCAGUUCAUUGCAAAUGUUUUUUUUCUUUUUCAAUAGUAGAUGAGAAUUUCAUACAUUACCACUUCCUUAUUGAUGGUUCUAUUCUGUUUUUAAAUGAGCUAAAUAUGCAACAAGACUGUAUACUCCAAGCAUUUACUUGGACAGUCAUGGUUAAACUGUGUGGUCUUAAAUCUAAAAUAAAUUUUGCAGUUUGUUGCAGUUAUACAGUCGCGUGUGCAUUGUGACAGCAACAGGUCCUAGCUACACUAUAAACUUUUUGACUGACAUUUGUUUAGAGUACUGGGUGCACUUCAUCCUGGCCCUCUAGCCAACAUAAUUAUUCUAGUGAGCUGUAAAGGUUACUUUGCUUAGAAUGUCUCUUUAAAGGGACACUAUAAGCAGCAAAACAACUUUAGCUUAAUCUGUUUUUGUGUAUAGAUCAUGCCCAUGCAGUCUCCCUGCUUAAUUCUCUGACAUUUAUGAGUUAAUAACUUUUUUUUUUUUUUUUAUACAGCCCAAGUCACACAGCUCAGCAUGUGACUUUCAAAGCCCUUAUAAACAUUUCCUAUUAUGAGAGAUCCAAGUUUAAAACAUCUGCUUUUAAUAGCUUUAUAGAAACCUGCGGGUGCUUCCUGUGUGUGAUUACAGUUCAGUUUACAGAGCAGGAGAUGACUGCCUCUAAAGAAAGUUAACAUCUGAUGUAUAAUGACAUAUUUUUUUUAUUUUUUUUAUCAUGCAGGUUAUGAUAGUAACAGCCAGGGGAUGUGUGGCAUUGUGGAUUAACUCCUCAAUGGCAAUGAGACUGAAUGUGACAUAAACUGCUUUUUUUUUUUAUUAUUUUUUUUUUAGGGCUGAUAUGUUUUAGUAGGUGAGGUUUAACAUUGGUCGAAACAAUGGCUUACCUGUCUUGUAUGUCAUUUUACUCUUACAAUAUCUUUGAUUCCCAUUGUCCUUUUCCUUUUCUUGCUUCGGUGCCCAUGAGGUUAAAAUCAGAUUCUGCAGAAUUCAGUGACACAGAUGUGUAUAAUGAAAGAAAAUAUAAAUACAUAUAUAUAUAUAUAAUUUUUUUUUUUUUUUUUUUUUUCAGUGACAUGACUGGCUCUACAGAUGGAAUGCUGGCAACUAGUUCGAAUGGAUCUCAGUAUAGUAGCUCCAGAGUGGAAACCCCGGUGUCUGGUAUUGGUGAAGAAGACGAAGAGGAAGAUGAUGAAUUUAAUGAAAAUGAUGACGACGACUAA